GACCGCUGCUGCGGUUGCUGCUGUUCGUAAGGCGAAUACCGUCCGGCUAUGCGGCUGGUGCGGAUUCGCUGACGCGAGAUGAGCGGGCGGGCGAUACGGCGACCGUUUCUGCGGCCCGUUAGCGUAGGUUCCUCUUUCCGUUCUCCAAUCCACGCCCGGGUUUCCCAGGGUUGCGGCCGUGGUUCGUUCCAGGUGCUGCACACGCGAGGCCUGAGAUAGGUGUAUUGAAACCAACCCGGAGAUGUUGUGUCACUCUCCACAGGGUUAUGGCCCGGCGACCAUGCGGGAUGCGGCUAGCCGGAGUGUCAAGGGCCGUCUGAUGCUGUACGGGGUCGCUCUGCAAGUCGCGGUGGUAGUGCAAUCCGGAUUAUGGGGUUUGCGUCUUGCGAUCAAUGGGCAGCAGGGAAUGAGCCGGAUUCGGGGACGAAGGGUUGGGAAUGACUGCAGCAGCGCCGAUGCCAAAUUCAUCCACACACUGAAGCGGGCAAGGCGAUGUAGGAAUCGGGACGAGCCACGACGCGUAGAAACUGCAGGCGGAUGGAUGGGAGAAAGGAUGAGGGAUCUAUUUCGAGACGUAACGUUACUAAAGCCCCCCGUACUUUCAAGGGACGAUGCUUAUCCAGUAGGAGGCAAUGGAGCGCAGAGGAUAAGGGACGGGGUUCCGGGUGCAUACAGACAACAGGGAAUUCUGAUGACGGCAAUACAGGUAUUCUAGGGCCGAAUUGCGACUGACCUUACGGAUGAAUAUGGCACAAUAAGCACAGUGUUGGCGGGGGCAGUACGAUGACCGAAGUCAAGGCUAAUCUUUCGCAACCGAUCAAGAGGCGGCGCAUGCAGCGUGGGGACUGUCAAGCAAGGCGAACGAACUGGAAGACGUGUGA